AUGGCCGAGUAUACUCCUACCGGUCCUACGGGCCCUGUUUCUACCGCCCCGAACAUGAAUGGUUCUGGGGAUGCUGGUUUCUCUGCGACUUCUCAGAUGUCGGCCUCCAACGAGGCUGCAAAGACCCUGUGGAUGGGUGAGAUGGAGGGUUGGAUGGAUGAGAACUUUAUCAAGAACGUCUUUCAGACUGUUCUCUCCGUCGACGUUCAGGUCAAGGUCAUCCGCGACCGCAACUCUGGUAACGCCGGCUAUUGCUUCAUCGAGUUCCCAACUCCGGACGCUGCUCAGAAGGCCCUCACCCUCAAUGGGACCCCAGUCCCCAACUCUUCGAGGGUUUUCAAGCUCAACUGGGCCUCUGGUGGUGGCUUGGUUGACCGACGUGACGACCGCGGCCCGGAAUAUAGCAUCUUCGUUGGUGACCUCGGUCCCGAGGUCAACGAGUUCGUCCUGGUCUCGCUCUUCCAGUCACGGUUCCCCUCGUGCAAAUCGGCGAAGAUCAUGACGGAUGCCAUGACGGGCCAGUCGCGCGGCUACGGCUUCGUUCGGUUCAGCGACGAGUCAGAACAGCAGCGCGCCCUCGUCGAGAUGCAGGGAGUCUACUGCGGCAACCGCGCCAUGCGCAUCUCCACCGCCACGCCGAAGAGCCGCUCCCACCAGUUUGGCCACCACGGCCACGGCGCCACCCAGAUGAUGCCGCCCAUUGCCGGUCAUCCUGGCCCUAUGUGGGGAGUCCCGUCCUACUACGGCCAACAGCCCUUCAACCAACACAUUGCGCCGAUGAACCAAUUCACUGAUCCGAACAACACGACUGUGUUUGUCGGCGGACUCUCGGGCUAUGUGACCGAAGACGAGCUCCGCUCCUUCUUUCAGGGCUUCGGCGAGAUCACCUAUGUCAAGAUCCCUCCCGGAAAGGGUUGCGGCUUUGUGCAAUUUGUCCAUCGCCACGCCGCGGAGAUGGCCAUUAAUCAGAUGCAAGGGUAUCCAAUUGGAAACUCGCGCGUCCGGCUCUCUUGGGGUCGGUCGCAGAAUAAUAGCGGAGUGCACACUCCCUACCGUCCUGCGCCGCCCCCUCCCCACUACAUGGGUGGGAUGCCCCCUCACGGCGGCCUUGGUCCUGGUGGCCCUUACGGUGGCCCGCCGUACGGCGGAAACCCUCCUCAGGGCCCUCCCCCCGGCGGCCCGAUGGCUUAA